AGACUCAGAUCCUAGAGCGGAUGGUCGGAGACCGGGUCUGCGUCACGAGACCUGAGGAGGACCGCCGGAGAAGGACGAUCAUAGUCGAAAAGGAGAAUGGUUCUUUUGGGUUCACCAUACAGAGCUAUGGCAUCCACUACAAGAAAGAUGGCGAGAUUGAAGUCAUUACCUACGUGGACUUCGUCGAAUAUUCGGGUCCAGCGUUUCGAGCGGGGAUGAGAGAAGGUGACGUCAUCCUGUCCAUCAAUGGCCACGACAUGGAAAAGGCGGACCACAAGGCCCUCGUCAAUUUCAUCCAAGGAUGCGGCGACAGGAUGAGGAUGGUCGUCCUCUUCGAAGACUGUGUCCAUAAGGUGGAAUUGCACAUGCGGUACAUCCAGCUGCAACGUCUCCUGCAGGAGAAAAUGUCUGACCUAGAGAGGCUGUGUCACCAGGAGAAGUCCCUACUGGCCGGUAAGUUGGCGUCAUCCCCUGUGCGUCACGCCUUCAACAUCGCCCACGCCCGCCUCCUCGACUGGCUGAGGGCACAGCGUCGGCUUCUCCCACCACCCCGGGAUCUCACCUGUCUCCUCCCAACCUCUCACUCCACUUCCACUUCUACUUCCCUCCACACCCUCACAACUACUACUACUACUACUACAGCUGCCGCUGCUGCCGCUGCCGCUGCUGCUGCUGCUGCUGCUGCUACUCACUAUCCUCACUCAACAGCUGCUGCUGCCGCUGCUGCUGCUGCUGCCCUCAGACAUCACCAUCACCACCAUCACCACCACCACCACCACAACACGAGUAUCUUCCACGCCCGCAAGCACUCAUCACCCAUUGUCUCUAUGCACAGCCACAUUCACCACCCUCAAGAUGCUCCUGGCACCCAUCGAGAAGAUGGCAUGACCCUGGAAGAACACGCGAGAAACUACGCUCGGAAACUGAGCAGCCUUAGUUCGCCACAAGCCAAAGAUUUCAAAGAUAAACCUUCCUUUGGGGACACGACCAGUGACAGUAGGCUAACAGAUAAAGUAGACAAUCUGAAAUCACCUUGUCAGAUGAUAAGUGGCACAAACGUUUUACAUAAAGACAACCAAAACAGCACACAGGGGUUUGUGGGAUGGGAUAGUGUUAUUCAUAACGAAGGAAACAUUAACUCUAAUGCUAUUUAUACUCACAAUGUAAAUAACAGAAUGUCUGUCGGUCUGAGUCCAGGUUACGCAAAUCCUAACGAGUAUCAUAGUUUACCUUGCACAGUUCCACCCAUGUAUAUUCCACCUCAAAGCAGUAUGGGUUGCUGUAACCCUCAGUGUACUGCAGGUCAUUCAUCUUCCAUGGUUGGAGAAUGGCAUCAUCAAGCCUUCAUGAGCAUGGAAUGCAGAGGAAAUGCCAGGUUACCUGAUGACAGUAGAAUGAAAAACUAUCAAAGUCACCGAAGAGCUCACAGUGUGGAGGCAUGGAGGUGGCCAAGAGACAGGGAAAGCUGGCAUGAGGGUCAAAUACAUAAGUUUGGGCAUGACUAUUUGGGAUUUUACCCUGUUCCAUUCAGUAAUGAUACAAUGACACCCGAAGGUAAUUAUGGUAAAAAAUCAAAAUCAGGUUAUCAAGCACGAGCAAGUUUUUCAAGAAAAGACAGUUUCAAGAGAGAGCAGGGAAGCAGUAGGAGUAGUAAAACCUAUGACUCACUCAAGAGAAAUUCCCCAAAAGCAGACAAUGAAAACCGAAGAAACAAGCAGGAAUACAAGUUAAGCAGAGCAGCUUCGACGUCUUGUAUGCCAAAUAAUCAGUGUUUAGUGUACGAUACUGUUAUCAAAGAACUGAAAGGUUGUGUUAAACAAGAUUCUGCAACUAUGGAAACUCCUAACUCUCCCUUUGAGAAAUCUUAUCUGAGUGGUUUAGAGGAAUACGAUCAUAGCCCCAAGCACUCCUAUAAUCUGCAUAAGCAAUCUAAUUUUAGCUAUUCAACUUCUAGUUUGCCACACAGGAGAAACUCAAAGAGUAAAAAGAAAAAGGAUGGCACUUUACCUCACCCUGUUAAAUGUAGAUCCCUUGAUGAAGAUAAACUGGCAAGCAUAUCUGGUUCUGAUGAAGGACAGAGAAUUGAAUAUGGGUUAGAAGAUGAUCAAGAUAUCAGUAACGAGUUAUCAUCACAUGUCCGGCCAUCAGAGCUCCAUCUACACCAGUUUUUCUCACUUCCUUACACGUCGGCAAAGGUUGCUCCAUCUCCCUCUGGAAAUAUACCUGUACCUGCUCAAGGCGCACAAAAAAUAAGACAAAACUCUGAGGAAAAGCCUUGGGGUCACUCAAGAGCAAAAAAGAAUGUCUCUGGGAAUAGCCCUCGUACCCCCGGCAGAACUCCUCAAAGACAGUCUUCAUGUACUUCUCUCUGUGAUAAAUCUUUGGAAUUGGCAAGAGAUACAUCUCAUAAAGAUGGGCCAACCAUGAGUCGAUCUGAAUCUCUUCGUCUAACGUCACGUCCCUCCUCUGGGUCUUUCAGCACUCCAAGAGAAUGUAUGAAAGGUGCAUGUAUGCAUGGCACCAUGCCAAGGCAGUCUAGGGGAAUGGCUUUCAGGUAUGAUAGUAGUGAGAAAAGUAUGGAGGUAAGUGACGUAUCUUCGUCAUACAUAAUGAGCCGCAUUUCAGGUGGUUACCCAAAAGACUCGAGUAUGAACAAAGAAAAUGUUUCUAUAAUAGAUGAUAAGCAUAGAUCACAUCCAUCUCUUAAUGAGAUGUUUAUUCGAAAACCUGAAUGGAGUUGCCCAUACCUAGAUAAAAACAAGAGAAGGGAUGGAAGUUCAGGAAGAAGAGAGGCAGGUGUUAAAGAUGGAGGUAGAGAAACUGAAGCGAGAGGUUGUAUGGGUGGUAACUGGAUGUUUCCAAACCCAAAACCUGAAGAAACAAAGAGCUGGCAAAUGCCACGCAAAGCUUCAGUCAAAACUUCAUCAAAAAAUGAACCUUGGCCGUCUCAGCAAGACCCCACCUUCCAGCAACAAGGUAAACACAGCCAACAGCAGCAUAAGAGAAGAAGUCGGCCGAAGUCUUUGUACUCAUGGACUGGGAGUUGUGAUGGGAUUAGUUCAGCUACUGACCAUUCAGGUAAAACUGUCAUCUCAGCACGUUCUCGAUCUCUGUGCACUGAUUCUCUUGUGACUCCGGCACGCGACGUGCCAAACUCGGCUGCAGAUGUUUACCGAUUUGCUCAGUCUCCACAGGAACCUCGUAUGCGGUCUGAUUCCUUGGAAGCUCGCUGGUCUUCAGACAACUCUCUUGAAGAUCACCCAUCAGAUAGACGCCAAGCUAAUACCUACUAUGACAGUUUAUAUUCAGAAAUAUCAAGUGAGUCAUCAGUUUAUGGAACUCCUCAGCCACGAGAGGCGCCACAUGACUGCCUUUUACCCAAAGAAGAUCGGGGUAUCUUAUCUGAUGAUGAAGCAUCCGUCGAUUUAGAUGCUACUCCGAGACAGCGUCGUAACGUUACUCCAAGACGGAGAAAAUCUCAAGGGAGUCGCUCAAACGAAGAUUCGUCAAGAGUUGGGGAGAGGAGUGCCUUGACCCCACCUCCACUUAACCUUUCAUCUUCCUACCGCCCAGGCAUUCCCCCAAAAGCAGUAUCACCUGCCAGUGGCUCAUCAAAUGGUGACUGGUUUCAACCUGCAGAUGUGAGCCGAACUGUGGGUGCUUUGGCAGAUUCCCUCACUACAUACCAAGCAAACCUUGUAUAAACCUUUUCAUUUAUUGAUGUUUCCUAUAUUUAUAGUACAGUAUAUAUUUUCAGCCAUACUCCAUUUAGAAUUUAAUGUUUUAUGUUUUGAUUGAUUUUAUUUAUUUAUUUAUAGCACACUCCAGUACAGAGGAAAUUUGUUUACUUACUGUCUGAGAGAGGAUCUAUUUAAUGUGUAUCAUCUAAUAACUCCUAUCAAGAGCAUGUUAAUGUCUGAAGCAUGAUUCCCCAUAUGGAACAAGAUAAAAGUUUUCAUAUUCUUAAUUCUAGCAUGAACUGCAACAGUUAAAACAAUUCCAUUAUUGUUUCUCAUUUGGAGUUUAUGAAUUUAUAAUGCCUAUUAUCAAUAUACUUGUACCUCUCACUGUAAAUAAAAAUAGUGCACUCCCCAGCUUUUAUAUACUUACUAAAACUUGAUAUCUCAUUUUCACGUGUUCAGGAGCUUAUUUAUAUUAUGGUUUUUAAUAUACUACAAGAGCUACUCUUCUAGCUUUUUGCAAUACACAUUUCCUUUGUUUUAAAAGUUGUCCCUGAACACGUUAAAAGCUUUGACUGAGGAAAGUUUUGUGUCAUCCCAGUGCUUCUUGUCUCAUACUUACUUCCCAGAUCCCUUGUCAACUUUUCAGAGAUGAAUACAACUUGCAGCAUAAUAUUUCCACCACAAAGAUUUCAGUGUGAGAUAAGUGGCGACAAGCAUGACCAAAAACUGUCCGUCAGUGUGACCUUGCACUCCUUCAACUCAGAUUGACGCUUCAUUGCCUGGUCUGGUGGUUUCUUCCUCAGCAUGGCGGUCCCAGGAUUUCCGCAUCCCCCAGCACCACUUGGUGUCCGGCCGUCAACCCCAGCACCUCUACCAUCACCAUCACCACCACCAGCACCACCACCAUCAUCACCACCGGCAACUGCUUCCUGCCUCCAGCACCACCUC